AUGAGGUCUACCGCGGUGGGAUCAGCGAACGCACCAGCAUCAGAUUUAAGUCGAGAUGCCGAGUUCGAGGCAAUGAAGACUCAACUGCGUGAGAUCACGUCAAAGAUACACCAAGCAACAAGCGCGGCUCCGGAGAUUGAGCGCGUCAUUAAAAAAACGCAGAAAACACCCUUCACGCCGCGCAUAGCAGGAACACCGGUUAAACACAUGGAAAAACUUAAGAUGAAGAACCGCCGAGGAGAGAGAUGCGGUCCAGUGCCAAUUGUUUGUGGAAAGCCUGGGAAGAAUAGCCCUCGAUUGGUUCUCGCGACUCGAAGCAAACUCGAUCGACAGCUACAAGGAAUUGACAACAGCUUUCGUCAAACACUUCUCGAUGUUCAUCGGGCAGAACACCAAGAACUCCGAGCUAUGGCAAAUAACUCAGGGAGCAAGCGAGAGUCUUCGCGAUUUCAUCCAGCGCUUCAAACGAUUAUCGCCAAUUGCACGAUCAGCGACGAAGCCGCCCUUCUUUGUCUCCAGAAAGGAGCUCGGAUAAAGACUAGCUUCCGUAGCGCGCUCACGCACAACCCCCCUCAGACAUUGGAAGAUGCCUUACACCGAGCUAACACUUAUAUCGUCGAAGAAGAAGAAGAAGCCGCCUACGAGCGAAGCUAUUCGGCGAAGCAACCCGAACGUCCAAAAGCAACAACUAGUGAACCGCAGUCAGGAUACGGUCGACGGUAUGAGAAUCGCAAGAAGUUCUACGCUAAUGUAACCCAACAACCGACCAAACAGUGGAACAACAAAUGGGUCUGCGGCGAAGAAGAUCAAGACGAGUCUUUGUUCUGCGAAUUCCAUAACCGCAGAGGACAUAGCACCAAAGAAUGCAGACACUUGCGUGAAUACCUGCUCGGCCAAUAUCGAAAGGGGCCAAUCUCAGUUGACGACCUCCGUCGCUUAAACGCGCCCAAGAACAGCAGACAGACCUCGAUUGACGAUCUCCAUCAUUCGAACAUGCCUCAACCGAAUAACGCGCAGCUUGAGAACGCGAUCACUAAGGAUCCGCCAACUCCACCAACCUUACCGGCGUUACCACCGCCGCCACCGAACCCGCCUGCUUUGCCUGAACAACAGAAACAGAAUCGCGAUUACCGAGCACAAGAGAACCAUGCUCCCAAAGCCAGGAAACGCGUCAACAUGAUAAUGGGAGCCAUCGAGGCUUGCAGCUACUCGGUUCGAGCUAUCAAAGAAUACAGGCGACAGGCUGCUAGCGCGCCCAAAGCUCCACAAGAUCCGCCGAAAGGGACGCCUUUGGUAUUUACCGAAGCCGACACAAUCGGGUUGCAUAAACCGCAUAACGAUGCUCUCGUUGUCGAACUACUCCUCGACGGUGUCGAAGUUAGCCGCAUUCUGGUCGAUACAGGCAGUUCGGUUAACAUCAUCUUCAAGGAAGCACUUGACCAGCUCGAGUUGGCAUCAGAUAGGAUUGAGCCGUUUAUCGAGCCACUUACCGGUUUCGAUGGAGAACGCUGCAUGACGGUCGGCAUGGUCAAUAUCCCGAUCAACCUCGGCGGAGUCGCAAAGAUUAUCCAGUUCCUCAUCCUCGACAAACCGGCGAUCUACAACGCCAUUCUCGGUACGCCUUGGUUACACGCGAUGAAGGCGGUCGCCUCAACAUACCAUCAAUGCCUGAAAUUCCCGACCCCCGACGGUGUUUACACUCUCCGAGGAAACCAAGCCGUCGCUCGAUCAUGCUACAUAAAUGAGUGCAGACUUCAUUCAGCCAACCAAGCUUGUGUCGUUAGUUCGUUCGGACCAACGGACAAGCUCGUCGUCCAGCAGACAAAACCUAAGAAGGAGUCAAUCGUUCAAGUUUGUAUCGACGAGCUAAGGCUAGAACGUCAAGUCGGAAUCGGUGCCGAACUCGACCCAAACAUCCGCGAGCCACUUGUCCACAUUCUGAAACAGCACUCGUCAACUUUCGCUUGGUCGGUAGAGGAUAUGCCAGGGAUCGAUCCACAGAUCGCGUGUCACGAGCUCAACAUCGAUCCGACGUAUAAGCCAAUCAAGCAGAAACGCCGAAAGCUCGGACCGGAGAAAGCGCAGGCUGUCAACGACGAAGUCGAGCGCUUGCUCAAAGCAGGAUCCAUCACCGAAGUAAAAUACCCUGAUUGGUUAGCAAACCCCAUGGUCGUAAAAAACAAGAAUGGUAAAUGGCGGAUCUGCGCCGACAUUACCGACCUCAAUAAGGCAUGUCCGGAAGAUAGCUUUCCUUUACCUCAUAUUGACCGCCUUGUGGAAGCAACUGCCGGGAAUGAACUACUCUCGUUUAUGGACGCAUUCUCCGGGUACAAUCAGAUUCUUAUGCAUCCGCAAGAUCGGGAGAAGACGUCGUUCAUCACGGACCGCGGCAUCUACUGCUAUAAGGUCAUGCCCUUCGGCCUGAAGAAUGCUGGAGCAACGUACCAACGGCUGAUAAAUCGGAUGUUCGCGAGCCAGCUCGUGCGAACUAUGGAAGUUUACAUCGAUGAUAUGCUCGUAAAGUCACUCAUCGCUUCCGAUCACGUCGGCCAUCUUCGCACAUGCUUCGAUAUUUUGGACCAGUAUGGUAUGAAGCUUAAUCCCACUAAGUUAUGGUUCCUCGGAUACAUCGUUACACGGCAAGGCAUUGAAGCUAAUUCAAAACAGAUCGCAGCUAUUCUCGAGCUCCCAUCACCGACAACCAAACGCGAAGUUCAGCGACUCACCGGACGUAUCGCAGCACUUAAUCGAUUCAUAUCCAGAUCGACGGACAAGUUCUUGCCUUUCUAUCAACUUCUUCGCGGUAACAAGCACCUCGAAUGGAAUGAGAAGUGUGAAGAGGCCUUCGCCGAGCUAAAGAAAUACUUGUCCACUCCACCAGUCUUAUCUAAGCCGGAAACCGGCGAGACACUCUAUCUUUAUAUCGCGAUUUCGGAGUUCGCAGUCAGUAGUGUACUUGUUCGAAAAGAUCGUGGCGAGCAGAAGCCAAUUUUCUACACAAGCAAAUCCCUCGAUGGAUCGGAGUAUCGUUAUCCGACUUUGGAGAAAUUCGCCUUCGCCGUAGUUAUUUCUGCAAGGAAAUUACGCCCGUAUUUCCAAUCUCACGCGAUCGUGGUCCUAACCGAUCACCCUCUUCGCACUUUCCUCCAUAGCCCAAGUGAGUCCGGACGACUCACCAAGUGGGCCAUCGAACUCAGUGAAUACGACAUCGAAUACCGAGGAAAAACUGCAACGAAGUCUAAAGUCCUAGCAGAUUUCUUGGUCGAACUUCCACCGGAGCUUGUUGAAGCUAAUCCGGUCGUACAACCCUGGAUCUUUCACGCCGACGGUUCCUCGUCUCAUAAAGGAUCCGGAGUCGGAAUUCGUCUUAAAUCACCCGAAGGAGAAGUUAUCGAGCAGUCAUUUCGACUCGGCUUCCCGGCAUCCAACAACGAAGCCGAGUACGAAGCAUUGAUUGCCGGACUACGACUUGCCAAAGGUAUCGGCGCCGAGCACAUACACGCCUACUGCGACUCUCAACUCGUGGCUAACCAGUUUCACGGCGAAUACGAGGCCAAGAACGACGUGGCUUGA